GUAGAACGGAUGUUAACGAUUUCCCAUGAAGAAGACAAUUGCAUCACUUGUGAAAGUCAUGCUCUCUACAUCCACAGUUCUUGGUUGACUGAGACUGUUGACUACGCUGUGAUAGACAUUCAGUUAAAACUUCAACGGUGACAUUAAGUGCUGCUCUGACAAUGGCUUCGUUCCUACCUGAAGAGGAUCUCACAUGCACUGUGUGCUGUGAUAUAUUUGAAGAUCCAGUGGUCCUGUCGUGUAGUCACAGUGUAUGUGAAGACUGCCUGAAAAAUUACUGGAGUACAAAACAAUUCCAGGAGUGUCCGCUUUGCAGGAGGAGGUCUUCGAGAGACAACCCUCCCGUGUGCAUUGCCUUGAAGAACCUGUGUGAGGCCUACACGAAGGAGAAGAAACUGUCCGGAGAGUUAUGCCCCUCUCACAAAGAGAGAUUCAAACUCUUCUGUAAAGAGGACAAGGAGCUGCUGUGUGUGGUGUGUCGCGACUCCAGAGAGCACAAGACUCACGACUGCAGCCCAAUAGAUGAAGCUGCUGCUGAUCUUAAGGAGGAAGUCAAGGAGGCAUUGGAACCCCUUACGGACAAGCUGAAUGAAUUUAAAAAUACUGAACGCAUUUAUCAGGAUAUGGCAGAGCACAUCAAAAAACAAGCUGAAAAAGCGGAGUCUCGGAUUAAGGAGGAGUUUGAGAAACUUCACCAGUUCUUACGAGAUGAAGAGGAAGCUCGUUUAGAUGUGCUGAAGGAAGAGGAGGAGGAGAAGAGCCAGUUGAUGAAGGAGAAGAUUGAUGACAUCAGCAAGAAGAUUUCAUCUCUUUCAGGCAGAAUCAAGGACAUAGAGGAGGAGCUGAAAGCAAACGCAGUUGCCUUCCUCUUAGACUUUGAGGACACCAUGGAAAGAGCCCAGCGCGAGAUGAAGGAGCCAGAGGCCGUUCCAGGAGGCCUGAUUGAUGUGGCACAGCACCUGGGCAACCUCAACUUCAAGGUCUGGCUUAAGAUGCGGGACAUCAGUUCCUACUGUCCUGUGAUAUUUGACCCCAACACUGCUGGCGACUUACUGAUCCUGUCUGAUGACCUGACCACGGUGAAAGACAGUUAUGGGAGACAGAAUCUUCCGAGUAACCCCGAGAGAUACGGCAAUUGCGUCUUGGGCUCUGAGGGCUUCGACUCUGGGACCUACAGCUGGGACGUCCAGGUUGGAAAGCAUAAAUACUGGGACAUAGGCGUGACCACAAUGCCCAAACCGAACGAUACUUGGAGCACAGUCUGGAGUUUAAGGUCUCGCACCGAGUUUUGGUCGGACACUGUGACCCACUCUGUACAAUGCUUAGGAAUAAACUCCCCAUUGUCUCUGAGCGAACCACCUGAGAUCAUCAGAGUUGACCUGGACUUUGCCCAAGACAUACUACCAAGCGAACGCCUUGAAGAUCCUGCCAGUGACCCCCACUGUAGUGGUGGACAAUGACUGUGACCUUUGGAUACAAUUUUAGCCGGAACACACUAAGUUUGCACCAUGUACUGCCUGCGCAAUGCUUCGGUAGCUGUAACUAACAGCCAUAGGCAUAUGGUGUAUAUUGGAUGUAUGGCUACCACGUGUCGCUGCUAUGGCAUUUCUUGAAGACGUUAUUACACUUGCUUGGUGAUUUCAUAGAAGCGGCUUAUUUCACAUCUCUUUGAGAGUGUCAGAUCAUUAUGUGUAUCUGAUUGGCUGUAAAGUAAUCUCUGAGUUUAGCAAUGUAAUCAUUCCUGAAACUGAUCUGAGGAAUGCUAUUCCUUGAAGUGAUGUAUAUAGGUCAUUAAAAUAUAAUAUGAUAAAUCUCAACUGAAGGAGAACAGUCUAUGAGUACUCUGUACUAUAGGCAAACCGUAUACUAAUCAACAGUAAUAGCAUUCAGUCCUCAGAUCAUAUGUUUACUGACUUGAGGCCUUGUUUACAGAUUUGGUUUGGAACUACCUGCCAAAUUGGUCCAGUUUUGGAUUUAUUUGUUUCAAAUAAAGUUGAUCCCCUUCCUUUCAAUGUACAGAGAAUCCAUUCAAUGCAUGCUUGUUUAUAUUUUAAAUACAGUGUAUUGCACUACUGAAUGAUAUUGUAAGAAGGGGAAUAUGGAUAUUGACCUUUUUAAAAUAGUGAGUCUGUAGAGCAUAUGACAGAAGGAAAUGCUGUUACAUGAAGCACCCCAAACAAGAGAAUAUGCAAUAUGCAAGCUCUGUUAGAGGUUAUCAGAAAGCUAACUACCAUAAAACUCGAAAUGAAGAGGAACCACGUGGUCUGCUGUUAUCACACUGGGUAAAGUCCAUAGGGUGUAAAAGUCUCCGGCUUUCCGCUGUUUGUUUCUAGGAGGAGUGUUGACUGGAGACUUGUACGUUUUUCCUUUUCACUACUUAAAUUAAAGACAUAUUAUGUGUAAGAUUUGAUAUGCAAAUAUGAGUAUUAUUAAAUGGCAAAUAACAAUAUCAAAUAACUUUCAGCAAUGGCUAAGUGGCUAUAAUGUAGUCCUGUAGUAGGGGAUGUUGUCAAACUUGAAAAUAAACUAUUUAUUUAAACUAUUAUCACUACUAACUAGACUCCACGUAAUUACAGUUGUUGGCCAACAUGGACAGGAUCCCUUCGACGCCUCUGUCUGUUUACCUCAGUAAAUGUAAAGAAACUGCAUAAGAUGUGUUUUAGUCAGUGACCUUAACUGUACCGUAACUGACAUCCCCCGCUGGAUAGCCACAUUAUCAAGAGGGCUAGAUUAUAUAUAAUCAAUUGAAGACCACUUAUUACUGAACAAACUCUGCUGCUAAUGCUAUGAUAUGAAAGACCUGAAAUGAGACCCAGUUAGUCAGUUAGACUAUUUCCUUGUGUUACACAGGUCAGUGUCCAGUUACACGCUAAAGGUGACAUUACCUACACUCAGCUCUGACAAUGGCUUCAUUCCUAUCUGAAGAGGAUGUUAUGUGCUCUCUAUGCCAUGAUAUAUUUAAGAAUCCAGUGGUCCUGUCAUGUAGUCACAGUGUAUGUAUGGACUGCUUGAAAAAUUACUGGAGUACUAACAAAUCCCAGGAGUGCCCGCUUUGCAGGAGGAGGUCAUCGAGAGACAAUCCUCCUGUCUCCAUCAUCUUGAAGGACCUGUGUGAGGCCUACACGAAGGAGAAGAAUCUGUCCGGAGAGUUAUGCCCCUCUCACAAAGAGAGAUUCAAACUCUUCUGUAAAGAUGACAAGGAGCUGCUGUGUGUGGUGUGUCGCGACUCCAGAAAGCACAAGACUCACGACUGCAGCCCAAUAGAUGAAGCUGCUGCUGAUCUUAAGGGCAAGUUGCGGGACUUAAAAAUAAGAGAACAGGCCUGUUGCAGUCGGGUAGAGUACAUCAAAAGCCCAGUGUGAGGUGAGGAGCCAGAGGCCGUUCCAGAAGCCCUGAUUGAUGUGGCACAGCACCUGGGCAACCUGAACUUCAGGGUCUGGCUAAAGAUGCGGGACAUCAGUCACUAUAGUCCUGUGAUUUUAGACCCCAACACUGCAGGUAGAUUACUUGAUAUAUCGAAUGACCUGACCACGGUGAAACACAGUUAUGGAAGCCAGAAUCUUCUAGAUAAGAGGUUUGACUCCUCCUUGGCUCUGAGGGCUUCGACUCUGGGACGUACAGUACAGCUGGGACGUCCAGGUUGGGAAGCAUAAAUACUGGGACAUAGGCGUGACCACAGCACCCAGCCAGACUGCUGAAUCUUUCUGGAACACAGUCUGGUGUAUAAGGUCUCGUAGUGACCGGAGGGAGCACAACAUUGAACACUAUAUAUUAGCAGAAACAACCUCUUCACUCUCCUUUAGUAAACCUCCUUGCUCUCAGGCUUGGUUUGGAAUUUUGAUUGAUUUGAUUCAGAUAAAGUUGUUUCUCUGUUGGAUUGAGGGGUAGAGAAAAAAACACCACACAAUGAUUCACUUCAAUGAAAGUUUAUUUUAUAUUAAAUAUAUUACAAUACUGA